AUGUUCUCCGGCCCGCGGAGGUGGGGCGCCCGCGGCGACUACGAGCGGGUCCCCGAGGGGCCUGAGGCGCAGAAAUGCAAUCCAGAGAAAAGUGCUUCAUUCUUCAGUCGGAUGACAUAUUCCUGGUUUAGCAGAAUAAUUCUUUUAGGAUAUAAGAAACCUUUGGAAAGAGAAGAUCUUUUUGAACUAAAUGAAAGUGAUUCUUCCUAUAUUGUGUGUCCCAUCUUUGAAAAACAAUGGAGGAAGGAAGUUUUAAGGAAUCAAGAGAGGCAAGAAAUAAAGGCAUCCUUUCAUAAAGAGGCACGUGCCAGGAAACCAUCUCUGCUCUAUGCAUUGUGGAACACCUUUAAGUUUGUCCUGAUUCAAGUUGCUUUAUUCAAAGUGUUUGCUGAUAUUUUGUCCUUCACUAGCCCACUCAUAAUGAAGCAAAUGAUUAUUUUCUGUGAACAUCGCCAAGAUUUUGGAUGGAGAGGCUAUGGUUAUGCUUUGGCACUUUUUGUUGUAGUCUUUUUGCAAACCUUGAUCCUUCAGCAAUAUCAACGUUUUAACAUGCUCACUUCAGCAAAAAUUAAGACAGCUGUAAUUGGACUCAUCUACAAAAAGGCCCUACUUUUAUCUAAUGUCUCACGAAAGAGGUUUUCAACUGGGGAAGUUAUUAACUUGAUGUCAGCAGAUGCCCAGCAGCUCAUGGACUUGACUGCAAACCUCAAUCUCCUUUGGUCAGCCCCUUUACAAAUCCUGAUGGCCGUAUCACUGCUUUGGCAAGAGCUGGGUCCAGCAGUGUUGGCAGGGACAGCAGUCCUGGUGUUGGUUAUACCAAUAAAUGCUUUGGUUGCAACUAGAGUAAAAAAGCUAAAGAAAAGCCAAACGAAGAACAAAGAUAAACAGAUAAAACUACUCAAUGAAAUCUUACAUGGAAUUAAGAUCCUCAAACUUUAUGCAUGGGAACCCUCCUAUAAAAAGAAGAUUGUUGAAAUUCGAGAACAGGAGUUAGAAGUUCAAAAAUCAGCUGGGUAUCUUGCUGUAUUUUCUAUGCUGACAUUAACUUGCAUUCCAUUCUUGGUGUCCCUGGCGACGUUUGGCAUCUAUUUCUUAUUGGAUGAAGGAAACUUUUUAACAGCCACUAAAGUGUUCACAUCUAUGUCUUUGUUUAAUAUUUUGAAGCUUCCUUUGUUUGAUUUACCAAUGGUGAUCUCAGCUGUGGUCCAGACAAGAAUAUCAUUGGGUCGGUUGGAAGACUUUCUCAACACUGAGGAGCUUCUUCCUCAAAAUAUUGAAACAAACUACAUAGGAGAUCAUGCCAUUGGUUUUACAAAUGCUUCCUUCUCCUGGGAUAAAACAGGGAUUCCAGUACUUAAAAACUUGAACAUAAAGAUUCCAGAAGGAGGUUUAGUGGCUGUCAUAGGGCAAGUUGGAUCUGGAAAAUCAUCUGUGCUUUCUGCCAUGCUUGGGGAAAUGGAGAAACUUACAGGAGUUGUUCAAAGAAAGGGUUCCGUGGCUUAUGUUGCCCAGCAGGCCUGGAUUCAGAAUUGCAUUUUACAAGAAAACAUUCUCUUUGGCUCCACCAUGCAGAAGCAAUUUUAUGAGCAAGUAUUGGAAGCCUGUGCUCUCCUUCCUGAUUUGGAGCAGUUACCAAAUGGAGAUCAAACUGAGAUUGGAGAAAGAGGUGUGAAUAUAAGUGGGGGCCAGAAGCAUCGAGUGAGUCUGGCCAGAGCUGUGUAUAGCAGGGCUGACAUCUACCUCCUGGAUGAUCCCUUUUCUGCAGUUGAUGUCCAUAUUGGAAAGCAACUUUUUGAAAAAGUGAUUGGGUCCUCGGGUAUUUUGAAAAACAAGACUCGUGUUUUAGUGACACACAACCUCACACUGCUACCACAGAUGGAUUUGAUUGUUGUAAUGGAGAGGGGCAGAGUUGCACAAAUGGGAACAUACCAGGAGCUGCUGUCUAAAACCAGAAACCUCACACAUUUGCUUCAGGCCUUCAGUGAACAAGAAAAAGCUCAUGCUUUAAAGCGAGUCAGUGUAAUCAACUCCAGAACUAUACUGAAAGACCAAAUCUUGGAGCAAAAUGAUAGGCCCUCAUUGGAUCAAGGAAAACAAUUCUCAAUGAAAAAGGAAAAGAUCCCUAUUGGUGGGGUGAAGUUCUCAAUCAUUCUGAAGUACCUCCAAGCCUUUGGCUGGCUCUGGGUGUGGCUGAGUGUGGCCAGUUAUGUAGGGCAGAAUUUGGUAGGCAUUGGGCAGAAUCUAUGGCUGAGUGCCUGGGCAAAAGAAGCAAAACACAUGAAUGAGUUCACAGAAUGGAAGCAAAUAAGAAGCAAUAAACUUAAUAUCUAUGGAUUAUUGGGAUUAAUGCAAGGUUUCUUUGUCUGCUCUGGAGCCUAUAUACUCACUCGAGGGUCCCUGGCUGCCUCUCGAACAUUGUAUGCUCAGCUAUUGGAUAAUGUGCUACACCUCCCGCUCCAGUUUUUUGAAACCAGUCCUGUAGGCCAGAUAAUCAAUCGGUUCACCAAGGACAUGUUUAUAAUUGAUAUGCGUUUCCAUUACUACUUACGGACCUGGGUGAAUUGUACAUUGGAUGUUAUUGGAACAGUUUUGGUCAUUGUAGGAGCUUUACCACUCUUCAUUCUGGGGGUUAUUCCCUUGGUUUUCCUCUAUUUCACUAUACAGAGAUACUACGUAGCAAGCUCUCGGCAGAUUCGACGAUUGGCAGGAGCCUCUCGCUCUCCUAUCAUUUCCCACUUUAGUGAGACUUUAUCAGGGGUGUCCACUAUCCGGGCAUUUGGACACGAACAGAGGUUUAUCCAGCAAAACAAAGAGGUGGUGAAUGAGAACUUGGUCUGUUUCUACAAUAAUGUAAUUUCAAACAGGUGGCUGUCUGUUAGACUUGAAUUCCUUGGCAACCUAAUGGUAUUUUUUGCUGCACUGCUUGCUGUGCUGGCUGGCAGUUCGAUAGAUUCAGCAAUAGUUGGCUUGUCCAUAUCCUAUGCCCUAAAUAUUACUCAAUCUCUGAAUUUUUGGGUAAGGAAAGCUUGUGAAAUUGAAACCAAUGCAGUUUCCAUUGAAAGAGUUUGUGAAUAUGAAAAUAUGGGUAAAGAGGCACCCUGGAUAAUGUCUAAAAGGCCUCCAGCACAAUGGCCCAACAAAGGAAUAGUGGAAUUUAUUAAUUAUCAGGCUCGAUACCGAGAUGAUCUUGGUUUAGCAUUACAAGAUAUCACUUUCCAGACUCAUGGAGAAGAGAAGAUUGGAAUUGUGGGACGGACUGGAGCAGGCAAAUCAACACUUUCAAAUUGCCUAUUUAGAAUUGUGGAAAGAUCAGGAGGCAAAAUUAUUAUCGAUGGAAUUGACAUAUCAACUAUUGGACUUCAUGACCUUCGGGGCAAACUUAAUAUUAUUCCACAGGAUCCUGUUUUAUUUUCUGGAACCCUCCAAAUGAACCUGGAUCCCUUAGACAAGUAUUCUGAUUGCCAGCUGUGGGAGGUGCUAGAACUGUGUCACUUAAAAGAGUUUGUGCAGUCCCUUCCCAGGAAGCUGUUGCAUGAGAUUUCAGAGGGUGGUGAAAACCUCAGCGUUGGACAACGGCAGCUUGUCUGUCUUGCUCGUGCUUUGCUUCGAAAAACAAAAAUUCUCAUCUUGGAUGAGGCAACAGCUUCCAUCGAUUUUGAGACUGAUAACCUGGUGCAGACCACAGUCAGGAAGGAGUUUUCCGAUUGUACCAUCCUGACGAUUGCUCACAGAUUGCAUUCUAUCAUUGAUUCUGAUAGGGUACUUGUUCUAGACUCUGGAAGGAUUACAGAAUUUGGAACACCACAGAAUUUGAUAUGCCAGAAAGGACUUUUCUUUGAAAUGCUAACAGAAGCUGGAAUAACACAAGAUUCAGUGACAAAAUAA